AUGUGCCUGAUGCUGCAUCCAUGCUCAAAGAGAUCAUCCCAGGAGUUUGCCCUGGCUCGUCUCACCGACGCCUGUCCCUCCCCAGGGGUCCUGGUCGGUGUGGUCCUGCGCUACGGCAUCCACGUCCCCAGCGAUGUCAACAACGUGACGCUGAGCUGCCAAGUGCAGACCAGUCCCGCCACGCUGCUGGUCAACGUCAGCGGAAAAUACUACGAGUACACCCUGAAGGGGGAAAUCAGCGCCCAGGAGCUCAAUAACGUCCAGGAUAACGAGAUGCUGAGAAAGGUGACUUUUGAUCCUGAAGUGUUUUUCAACAUUUUGCUUCCUCCAAUUAUAUUUUAUGCAGGCUACAGCUUGAAAAGGAGGCACUUCUUCAGAAACUUGGGAUCCAUCCUAGCAUACGCUUUUCUCGGCACUGCGAUUUCCUGCCUGGUGAUCGGCUCUGUUGUGUAUGGCUGCGUGGCGCUGAUGAAAGUCACUGGGCAGCUCGGGGGAGACUUCUACUUCACUGACUGCCUCCUCUUCGGUGCCAUCGUAUCGGCUACUGACCCAGUGACUGUUCUUGCCAUAUUCCAUGAACUCCAGGUUGAUGUUGAGCUGUAUGCCCUUCUCUUUGGCGAAAGCGUCCUCAAUGAUGCCGUUGCCAUAGUGCUGUCUUCUUCAAUUGUUGCGUACCAGCCGGCGGGUGACAACAGCCACACAUUUGAUGUCACAGCGAUGUUCAAGUCUAUUGGGAUCUUCCUGGGGAUAUUCAGUGGAUCUUUUGCAAUGGGAGCAGCUACUGGAGUUGUGACAGCUUUAGUUACCAAGUUCACCAAACUUCGGGAGUUCCCGUUGCUGGAGACCGGCUUGUUCUUCUUGAUGUCCUGGAGCACGUUCCUGCUGGCUGAAGCAUGUGGCUUUACAGGUGUGGUGGCCGUACUCUUCUGUGGGAUCACGCAGGCCCAUUAUACCUAUAACAACUUAUCUACAGAGUCCCAACACAGAACUAAGCAGUUAUUUGAGCUUCUGAAUUUUUUGGCAGAAAACUUCAUCUUCUCCUACAUGGGACUUGCACUGUUCACCUUCCAGAACCACGUCUUUAACCCUACCUUUGUGGUGGGGGCUUUUCUUGCUAUCUUCCUAGGAAGAGCUGCCAAUAUUUACCCACUGUCAUUUUUACUGAAUUUGGGGAGAAGAAAUAAGAUCGGAACCAAUUUACAGCAUAUGAUGAUGUUUGCUGUCCUCAUCGUCUUCUUCACGGUGUGGGUUUUCGGUGGGGGCACCACGGCCAUGCUGUCCUGUCUGAAUAUCCGGGUCGGUGUGGAUGCGGAUCAGGAGAACGUGGGUGUCCCGGAGAGCGAGAGGAGGAGUACGAAGGCAGAAAGCGCCUGGCUCUUCCGCAUGUGGUACAACUUCGAUCACAACUAUCUAAAGCCUCUGCUGACGCACAGUGGUCCUCCUCUGACAACCACGCUCCCGGGGUGCUGUGGGCCUGUUGCCCGGUGCCUGACGAGUCCUCAGGCAUACGAAAAUCAAGAGCAGCUGAAGGACGAUGACUCUGACCUCAUUUUGAACGAUGGGGACAUCAGUCUGACCUACGGGGAUUCCACCGUCAACACCGACUCAGUCGCAUCCAGCGGCACGUCGCGGCGGUUCGUGGGAAACAGCUCUGAAGACGCGCUCGAUCGGGAGCUUGCUUUUGGGGACCAUGAACUUGUAAUCCGGGGAACGCGCCUGGUCCUUCCCAUGGACGAUUCGGAGCCACCAUCAAACGUCCUGGAUAACGCAAGACAUGGUCCAGCAUAAGGUUGCUCGGUUUAAUUGACAGUAAUAUUUGCAUAUAUGAUCAAGAAAUAUGUACUACCUAAAGUCUAAUGCAUGUCUCGAAAUGUCUAAGCUGUAUAAAUAUUAUUUAUAUGGUGUCAGAAGAAUAUAAAUAUUCUCUGCCAAGCACUUGUAAAGAACAAGCUGCGAAUUUAAGUUAAAAACUGUGUUGACUGCACUGUGUAGGGUGGAACUGUUUUAGCGUAAGAGUCUUUUGCACACAGUGAGCUUCUUUAAUGUGUGAUUUGACAAGGGUUUAGUUCCCAGCGGGGUAAGUAAAGGAGCUGACUCCCUGUUCAUCCUUUGAGCCUGGGAGAGGAGGGUGGCGAGGUGCUGGCGAGCAGUGGAAAUCGCUUUGUAUUCAGAUGAGGAUUGUUUGGUUUUUUGGGGUUUUUUUUGUCUCCGAUCUUUGGAUAGUCACAGUUGAAAUAUCAGCAAAAAAUCUGCCCACAGACCCUCUUGCCGGGCAGUGGCUGGUGAUAAACUUGUUGGCUUUGUGGGAACCCGAGCUGGGACCUGGAGACUUUCUGCUUUUUAGUGACGCUCUGCCCAAGCCUUGCUAUAGCGGGCUAACGGCAGGCACCGGCCACGGCUGAUAGCAAGGACUGCGGGCGUCUGGCUGCUCGGGUCGGGGCAGGAGGGAGGGCUGGUUUCUGUCCGUAGUCUAGUUUAGGAGAAGGAGGUGAUCCCACAGAAACUACACCAGGCAUGCAUGGAUUUUAGGGCUGAGCCCAUCUUUCAGUGGUGGCUCAAGCAGCUUUCUAGAACCAGCCAUCAAAUUCUCAAUUGGCAAUGAAUUUUCACUAAAUUUGGGAAGCGAGCGUGUCUUUGUGCGAGCGAAUCCCUUCUCCUGCAGUUAUGGGCAUAGCUGAGAUGUGCAGAGCUCCCGCAGUUGCACGCGGGGCCGCGGAGUCUGGCCAACCUCGGACACAAGUUUUACGGCUGCAGAUUGACACGGUACCUCCGGACCUCUCCAGAGGUAUUGAGCAUCUAGGUGGUACUGAAGGGGAGUUGUCCGUCCGUCCUGUAUAGUCAAACAUCGUUGCACUUUGUUUAAUAACUCCUUAGCAUGUUGUGUGUCUGUAAUCCCCGCCUGAUCUCUCUCGUGUCUCUUACCAUUUAAUGAGAAAUGUUUGCGAGUUGAUUUUGUUUGUUUUUUAAUUUUUAUUUUCCAAGGAAGAGCACAGAACAAUUUGCGAUUUCACACUAGUGUUAAAGGAUUUACUCUGUAGUUAUGGGAAUGGCUAAAGGUGCAGUGAAAUUGUUAACCCUGCCAUCCUUCUUUUUCUCCUGAAAAGGGGGAAUCACAGAAAUUUACUGUAUGUAAUUUUGUCUAUUUUAGCUGCAGUUUUGCUGUACAAACCUUUCAGGGUUACCGGUGCACUACAGGCCCGUUCUGGAGUUAACCCUCUUCAGAGGGCUUAAACAGAGGUGUUUCAAAAGAGAAUAUAAGAAAAAGAGCUGGGCGAGUCCAAGCAUUCGCAGCUUCCAUUGGCUUUCCUUGGAACGAACUCUGCAUCUCCCAGGAUCCGACCCUGAGACCUCAGAGCAGUUUCCCCACGGCUGUUUUCCCCAGCACCACCUGAGAGUUGGAGGAGACAGGGAAAUACUGAAAUUUUUAGCAUAUAUGUAUAGUUGAGAAAAUAAAUUUAAACUUUUUUUUUUUUUUUUCAUUUUCUCAGGUCUAAGUAACAUUGCCUUAAAUAUAUGGAUGUGAGACUAAUUAUUUUGGCAUUUUAUCCCCACGAAAAUGCUUUCUUUUUCCUUCUGAACAAAAUGUUUAAGUGUUGCCAUAGGACUCCUCUAGAAGGGGGGUAACGCUCUGUUUAUAUUUAGACAGGACAUCUUCCUUGCACCGGUAAAUGGCAGUCUUGCUGUUGAUGUAGCUGUUGGAUUAGCGCUAGCCUCUUUGUUUCCUGCUAUGCAGGAAUUCCAUAAAGCGUGCAUUUUAUAUGAUGUCUGUAACUUAACUUCGUGUGUUUAAAAAAAAACAAACAAACAAAGAAGGAAAAACAAAAAAAAAAGUAGGUACCUGUUGACUUUAGGUUUACUGCAUCACUUCUACAUCCUGUUUUUUGUUUGUUUUGCCUGUCUGAAGAGGUAUGAUAAAUAACUACCUCUUGUUUUUUCCUGUAUAAUCUGACUAUGAGUUCAAUUUACAAAGCUGGCGUUGGUGCAGCCGGAGGUGCAGAAUGGUUCUGCUCCCCCCGAAAGCCUGCGGUCCCAUCACCAGGCCCCUGGCACCGGUGCAGCGUAAGGGCGGCACAGGGCUCCCUCCCGGGCAAUCCCUGGCUGAGGCGCAAUUUUGCGGCCAAGCGCUGUGAGGUGGCCACAGCCUGAUGUUUUACCGUAGCCUUGGUGGCGUUUCUCUCUUUCUCUGACCCUUUGACUUCAGUGGUUUAUCCACUCUCUUUAAGCUUGCCAACACGUUACCAUAAGCCUCAGCUUUUGACGCCAGUGACAGUUUGGUUAGCGCCUUAAAGAAAAAAAAAGUUAACAAAUGAUGAUUUUCUGGGUUACCUGUGAACUCUUAUGAUCCAUACAUAAUAUAACCAGGACCGUUUUGAAUAGUCUUGGUGACUGAAUGAAUCUAAGCUGAAAUUCAGGAGUGAUUUAAUAAAUGACUCGGAUUCAUCCCCAGCUGAUUACUUUCUUUGUCCUGCUGCAGCGGAGAAUACACGCGUGCCUGGUUUUCAGAUGCAGACCCUGAUGGCUUGCGUGCUGCAGAUGAAGUUAAGGGUACCGUGGAGAAUCAGGCCCCGAGACCUUUUGCCAAAUAGAAAAGGCAGCCCCGAGGAGGCAGUUUACAGCUCCCACAGAGAUUUAGUGAAGGUGCCCUUCUUCUGUAAAUUGA